AUGACCUUCGCGGAGCGACACCCACCCAUCCUUGACGGCGCUUGCCCUCUCGCCACGCUUACGAUCACGUGGGCCCAUCACCAAGCGCUCCACGGGGGCUCUCGCACCACCAGCGCGUACACCUUCAAGCGUGCUUGGAUCAUUGGUGGCUCCCGGAAAGUCAAGGCUUUCCUACGCAGUUGCGUUACUUGUGCUCGCCUCCAAGCCCGAUCAGCUGUCCAAUUGAUGGCUCCUCUCCCGCGGUCACGAGUUACUCCCUUUCGCGCCUUCGGUCGCACUGGGAUCUAUUACGCUGGGCCGUUCCACGUCCUCGCAGCUAAGGGCCGAGGCGUUCGCACCACGAAGGGUUACAUCGCCAUAUUUGUCUGUCUCACCACGAAGGCACUACAUCUGGAGCUCGUAGGCAAUCUAUCAACCGUCUCCUUUCUUACGGCUCUCACCCGUUUUUCUGGUUGCCGGGGAAGACCGUCUGAACUCUGGAGCGACAACGCGACGUGUUUCCAUGGAGCUGACACCAAGUUGCGCGAUGCGCUACGUCUUGCUGAGCACCAGUGGGACCUCGUCGCGGGUGCCCUAGCGGAUCAAGAUAUCGAGUGGCAUUUUAUUCCAUCCGGGGCCCCUCACUUUGGAGGUCUCUGGGAGGCCGCGGUCAAGUCCGUCAAAGGUCAUCUCCGACGAGUCAUGAGCUCGCGGCACCUGACGUACGAGGAGUUCUCAACCGUCUUGAUCGGGAUCGAAGCUGUCCUCAACAACCGACCCCUCACUCCACUGUCGGGCGACACGGACGACCUGGGCGUGCUGACCCCCGGUCACUUUCUCAUCGGAGCACCCCUCAAUUCAAUCAUCGAGGCCACGCCACCCGAUCAGGAUCUCGACCAUCUGGCUCACUGGGAGCUUGUCCGGGGCAUCAGAGCAUAA